CUCAACCCCUGGUUUAUCACCAGCCUCUCCACCACAGUCGGCCGUUUUACCCUCCGAACAGUAGCAGUCGGCCGUUCUCUCUCUCUCUCUCUCUCUCGAUUCGGAACAGUAGCAGUAGAAACGCUGACCUGAUGGCUCGUUUUCGAAAUAAGAAGAGAAAGGAUUUUGUUAAGCCGGUUGUGAAGAAGCAACAGCCGAGUGUCGAUCAUAUAACAGGCGACAAGAUUCCAAAGAGCUUCGUAUUUUCGAGAGGGAAGAUGCCUGGGUCUCUGAGACAACUGCAAAUGGACUUGAGAAAGCUGAUGCUUCCUUAUACUGCCCUCAAGCUUAAGGAAAAGAAGCGAAAUAAUCUCAAGGACUACUUGAAUGUUGCAGGGCCAAUGGGUGUUACACAUUUCCUCAUACUAUCAAAAACUGAAACUGCACCGUACUUGAGGGUUGCGAGGACGCCACAGGGCCCAACACUUACAUUCAAAGUACAUGAGUACUCAUUGGCUGUUGAUAUAGCUCAAUCCCAGUUGCGACCCAGAUGUCCUCAAGAUCUCUUCAAGAAUGCACCCUUGAUUGUGCUAUCUGGUUUUGGGACUGGGGAGCAACAUUUAAAGCUCACAACAAUUAUGUUUCAGAACAUUUUCCCAGCCAUUGAUAUCAACACUGUCAAACUUUCUUCAUGCCAGAGAAUUGUGUUACUUAAUUACAAUAAGGAGACAAAGCUUAUUGAUUUUCGGCAUUAUUCCAUUAGAUUACAGCCAGUCGGCGUCUCACGUAGGAUUAGAAAAUUUGUGCAGAACCAUCAAGUGCCCGAUUUAAGAAGGCUACAAGAUGUGAGUGACUUUGUGACAAAGUAUGUAUCUCUCUCUCUCUCUCUCUCUCUCUCUCUCUCUCUCUCUCUCUCUCUCUCUCUCACACACACACACACACACACACGCAUACAACACACAUAGGCUCAAAGUUUUGAGUGGCCGGAGUUGAUGGAAGUGCAGGUGUAUGUUGUAUUAUCAGACACAAAUUUGUGGGUUAUUUCUACUGUUUUUUUGUUCUGUGGUUAUUCGCUGAGGUCAAGUUAUUAGAGCUUCAUUUAUCAUGUCAUCAUUUAUUGUUGCAGUAUUUGACAAAAGUAUUGGUUGAAAUAUGUCAACUACACUAAAUCUUUCACCCAUUGUGUUGGUUUUUUACCUAGUUUUCAUGUGUUAUUUCUAUUUUAAGCUUUUUUUAUCAUUUGAGUUACCUUUAAAAUGAAAUAAAAGGAUGGCGUAGCUAAAAUUGAUCAAGCAAUGUAUCAGUUUUAUGUGGGAUAAUGGAUGUUGAUUUUUGGUGCCAUUUAGAUGAUGAUACUUGUGUCUCCGAGUAUAGGUUUGAAUUGUUUUAGUUGGUUUAUUUAAGGUGCAUUAUGUGUAAAUUGUUUACUUACCUGAAUACCUCCGGAUACCUGAGAGUGCUCCAAAAGAAAGAGAGAGGAGGGGAGAAGAAUAAUUGUGGUUGCGCAAUACAAACUGAUGGAUUUUGCUAAUGUUACUAACUUUCAAUUUCCUCUUUCUGUGGAGUAAGGGCUGGUUAUGGAUCAGAAAGUGAAAUGGACGACGAAGCAGCGACUGUGAGCCUUCCAAGUGACCUUGGUAGGGUUAAUCGGGCAUCAACAAAAAGUGCUGUCAAGCUUCAAGAGAUCGGACCUAGAAUGACUCUUCAACUCAUCAAAAUUGAAGAAGGAUUGUGUUCAGGUGGAGUCAUAUUCAGUGAAUACGGAAACGGUGAUGAGAAGAGCAAGCAGGACGCUCGGGAAGAAAACAAUGAAGAGGAAGAGGAAGAAGAAAUGGAGGAAACUUAGCUUUCAGCUAUCUCGCACAGUAAGUGGAGGCAGUGGUUUUGUGCCUGAAGAGACUUUUGGUGAUGAUGUUACCCACUGUUGGGCAGCUCUAGAGAACUGAUGGAGGCCGUCUGAUGAGAUUCUCAUUUUGUCAUUGCAACAUCAUUUUUGUUUUUGGAUGGUUAUAUUAUUUUUUUGUUUUUUGUAAUCGAGAUCUUUUGUUUUUUGUUGGAGGGGAGGGUGUUAGAUUGAGAUCUAUGUUUAAUACCAAGGAAAGAAAAUAUUUUACAUCAAAUCGUAUAGCAUAAUUUUAUUUUAUCUUUUGCUGGUACUGUUUAUAGAUAAGGUGCACUGCCAUCGUUGUUCAAGAUUUAGUUAAUGGCAUAUGGUGGCACCCAGCCCAAAUUACGUAAAGUGAUGUA